UCGUUAAGUCGAAAAAAAAAAAAACUCACGGCUCACGUGCUUAAGCAGUAAAUACAGCUCUGAUCAGUCUUCACUAACUAUCUAUCUUCAGUUAUUUUCAUGUUAAAGUAGUUAUAUUACAAACCAGUUCCUGUUUUGCUUAUAUAUAUAUUGACACAUGUGCAACAUAUAUCGUGGCCACUAAAUCUUAAACCUGGUAUUUUACUUGCCUUCAAAGCGUUCCUCGGCUAUCUUCCUACAUACUAUCUUUAAAAGUCACUUGACUUUAAUAUUUCUCUUUGUGUUUCUUUCUACUUUUCUCCCUUUUCUUUCCAUCCUCUGAGAACAUGCCUGAAUGUCCCUAGAAAGGGAGAGAUUUGAACUGUUACGGAAAAUUUUCAAAAGAGAAGCUGAUGCUUGGCCUCAUCAAAUGGCAGGAAUCAGAAGACCAAUGUCCGGUCCUCCCGGAACACUCAAUACCAUUACUCCUUGUGCUGCUUGUAAGCUUUUGCGCCGUAGAUGCGCUCAAGAAUGUCCUUUUUCGCCUUAUUUCUCCCCACAUGAGCCUCAUAAGUUCGCAUCCGUCCACAAAGUCUUUGGAGCUAGCAACGUAUCCAAGAUGCUAAUGGAAGUACCGGAAAGUCAGAGAGCAGACGCGGCAAAUAGCCUCGUGUAUGAAGCAAACGUAAGGCUAAGGGAUCCGGUGUACGGAUGCAUGGGUGCAAUCUCAGCUCUACAACAACAAGUUCAAGCUUUACAAUCCGAGCUUACGGCCGUACGAUCGGCGAUUCUCAAGUACAAGCAACGAGAAGCAGUCGCCACUUUGAUCUUACCUUCCAACUCCCAAGUCGCGGGGUUUCACAACUCCAGCGGCGUCUCCGUCAUUGCACCACCACCACAAACACCGUCAACUCCACCGCAACCUACGGUGGCUCCUCCUCCUCCAUCUUCUUGUGUUUUCUCUCAACCAACCACAAGAGCCUUGGAAUACAGUGACAUUGAAAAUGAGAACAACUCUUACUUCGGUUGAAAUUUAUUUGAAUCAUUAUACAAACACACACACACACAUAAUUUAUUGCGAUAAUUUAUGGUCCGGUGAUUAACUAAACUAAAUAAAUAUAAGGGAGGAAGGUUUAAAAAGCCUAUCAUUAAUCGAGCAAAUGUAUAUUUAUAAACUUUAACCGACAGUUAGAUGAGGUUAAGGUUUUGUUUCAGACCUAUACAUUGAAGUCUAUUUAUUUUC